UGCAAUCUUAUCCCAAACUCAUUCAUUAUGCUUAUUAUGAUGUAUUUCCUGCCAUGCAGUUUUUGUGUUUAGAUUUGUAUCAAUCGGUGCUCAAUCUCCUGGAGGAGAGGAUGAAGAAGGAGAUGAUAGAAGAGGUGGUAAUAGUAGGAGGUUUAGUUAUGGUUCAAUUCGUAUACGCGGGCAAUUCUUUGCUCAUGAGUUAUUUGAUGUCACUCGGUCUCGGCCCUUUUACCAUUGUCAUCUUCUCUACAUUUGCCACUUUCAUUGUCCUCUCCCCUUUCGCCAUUCUCUUCGAAAGGAAGCAAUGGCCGAAUGAGCUUAGUUUGAGGCUGAUUGUUAAGCUAGUUUUGAUCGCCUUUGCUGGGGUUACUCUGUUCCAGUCUCUGUUUCUAGAAGGAAUCAGGUUGACGUCACCAGCAAUGGCGACAGCGAUGCCUAAUCUCGCUCCUGGUCUCAUUUUUUUCAUAGCUUGGAUCGUUGGGUUAGAGAAGAUGAAUCUGAAAUGUGUGUACAGCAAAUUGAAGAUCUUAGGGACAUUGUUGUGCGUGUUCGGCGCUUUAACUAUGAGCCUAAUGCACAGCACUUCCAUAAGACUCAACGAAUACGGUAAUGCCUCAGAAUUCGUGUUUGAUCGAGACAGAGUCGUCGGGUGUAUCUACCUUCUUGGAGCCGUCUUUGUUUUAUCAACCAACGUCGUUCUUCAGGCGUCAACAUUAGCAGAGUUUCCGGCACCGAUAUCGUUAAGUGCAAUAACGGCACUGCUAGGAGUGUUGAUAACAACGGUGGUACUACUAUUACAAAACCGAAAAGCAAAAGUACUUGCCACUUCAUUUGUUAGUUUCGGUAACCUCGUUGGUUAUUCUGUCCUAGGAGGGACAGUGAGUGGAGCAUGUGUUAGCUUUAAUGGAUGGGCAAUGAAGAAACGUGGACCGGUUUUGGUUUCAAUGUUCAGUCCUUUCGCUACUGUUAUUUCGGUUGCUUACUCCGUUUUUACAUUAGGAGAGUCCGUUAGCCUUGGAAGUGUGGGAGGGAUGGUGUUGAUGUUUGUAGGGCUAUACCUCGUGUUAUGGGCAAAAGGCAAAGAAGGGUUUUUAGAAACUGAGAGUUUUGAGAGUGAGUUUGACUCUAAGAAGCCUCUUCUCUCUUGAUUGUUUGCUUUGUUGUGUAUCAUCUUCUUCUUCUUCUUCUAUCAAUUUAUGGAAAAAAAGGAAAAACAAAAAAUGGUAGAGAGUUGGAUAUCAAGUUUUUUUAUUAGUCUUACUGCUUAGUCAACAUUUUAA